AUAGCUGUUAAACAACCAUCUCGUUCGGAAACGACAGGUACAUUUGACCAGCCAGGUUGACCAGUAACGAUGAUGAAUCCAUGAGUUCGCUAUGUCGACUAGUACCAUUAGUUCUCCGCUGAAGAUCGGUCUCAGCUUGAUCGGCAUGUGGCCUGGCACCUCAUGCGCAACAUUUUUCUGGCUCUUUUAUAUGUUCACUCUCGCUAUCACGCAGUACUACCAAUACGCCUACAUAUAUACACACUUCAGCAUGAACAACUUUUCCAAAUUGAUGAGCGGCAUGAACAUCCCUCUGGAGUACACUAUGACGUUCAUGAAGCUGCUGAGCUUUCGGCACAACCGCCGAAUAUUCUCGAACAUAUUAGUCGCGAUGGACGAUGACUGGAAGGACGAUUGCAUUACGGAUUCAUAUGCCUUGGUGAUGACGAGCAAGGCCAAUCUGGCGCAUAGGUGUUCCAACGCCAUGAUGUCACUCAAUACCUUAGGCACCGUGUUCUACUUCCUCGGCAAUUACGUAAGUCAGCGCGCAAAUUCUGCAGAUGAACCUCGGGAGUUCCCUGUGCAGAUGCAGUUGCCAUUCAAUGCCACCAAUUCUCCAAUCUUCGAGCUAAUCGUCCUAGGACAGUUCCUGCAUAUGUGGGAGACGUCAGUAGUGAUCGCAAUGUUGAAUUCUUUGAUUUUUGCAUUGGUAAGCUAUUUCGAGGUACUUCACGUGAGCGGACAGAUUGAUAUCAUGUGCCAAGGGUUGAGAGGAAUUUCCGUGACGGAAAAGUAUCAUCCGUCAACCACUAGAGCGCUUAUCGAGAGGCAUCAGCGAAUUAUAUCUUUCUCAAAUAAUGUUGAUAAGUUCUUUUCGCUCGUCGCUAUGAUACAGUUCUUAUGGAACAGCGUGGUGAUUUGCGCUAUAGGCUACAUGAUUGUACUAUCUUUAGGCAUGCGCAUGGGGGAGAAAUCUGGAAUACUGAUACAAACUGUCUUUGCGUAUCUCGCGGUAAUGUCAGAAGCUUUCAUUUUCUGCUUCGCCAGCGAGUACUUGAGCGCUAAGAGCAAAUCUAUUGGCGAUGCGGCGUACGAAACAUUUUGGUACAAUCUGUCCACUAGAGAAUGUCGAAUUCUAUUAUUAAUUAUCGUCAGGUCGCAGAAACAUUUGACGAUUACUGCUGGAAGCGUUAUGAAUUUGACUCUGAAUAGCUUUACAAGUGUCAUGAAAGCUUCGGCAUCUUACAUUUCGGUAUUGCAUGCGAUGUUUUGA